AUGGUAAAUCUGGUAAGCAAUGCAGUAAAGUUCACCGAGAAGGGUACUAUCACACUGUCAUGGCGCUACGUUUCUGGUUUUCCUCCUAACGAUCAGAAAACUCCUGCUUCCAUUCCAUCUGAAGCUAGGAUGAAACGGACUGCAAGUGGCAAUCUUCGAUUCAAUUAUCAGCCUCCUGUGUCAUCUUUGGCAGACCAAAUGGUAGCAACAGGGACACUUCGCUCAAAGCCAGUGGAAGAGAAAAAAGAGAAGACACUCUUUUUGGAGGUCAAAGUCGCUGAUACAGGUUCUGGCAUCGCGGUUGAGCAGCUUGAAACUUUAUUUGCAGCCACACAAGCUGGGGCACCCAGAAGAGACGCCUCUGGAACGGGACUCGGACUGGCAAUUUGCAAGGGUUUGCUUGAGUUGAUGAAGGGAAAGAUGCUGCCUGUGGUAAGUGAGGUGGGUAAAGGCACCUCAAUUACUUUCGUACUACCUCUUCUGCUUGCUGAAGACGCUAGCAAGGUUCUCUUGGAAGGUUCUUCUACUGAUAAACCCUCUGCGAAGCCAUCCUUGCCACCACCUGAGGCAGAAUGUGCUAAAGGAGAGACAAAGUACUACGGGCAUGAGGUUGAGGUGGUUAGCAAUGGAAAGUUAGCUGUGGAAGCCGUGCAAAGAAAAGCGUACGAUCUUGUACUCAUGGACCUACAGAUGCCCGUUCUUGAUGGAUUGAGUGCCACAAGAGCAAUAAGGGCUUUACCCCUGGCGAUUUCUAAAGUUUCCAUUUAUGCCCUUUCUGCGGAUGCCUUAGCACCAGAAUGUGGUCCUAUGGAAGGGACUGGUUUAGAUGGGUACCUUAGUAAGCCCAUUGUUUGGGAAAGAAUGUCUCGGGUGGUUGAUAAAGUCUUGGCAUCUAAAGCUCAGCAACGAGCCAAGUAG